AUGUCAUCAAAUCAAGAAGUUUCAGUUCCAACUAAUAAAUUAUAUGUUGGUAACAUUGAAUACAGUACUACUAAAGCUGAAUUGAAAGAUUUAUUCAAAGAUUAUGAAAUAUUUAAAAAUGGUAAAACAGGUAAACCAAAAGCUAAAGGUUAUGUUUUCGUUACUUUUAAUGAAUCAGUUAAAGAUUUAGAUGAAAUUAUUUCAAAAUUUACUGAUUAUGAAUUUAAAGAUCGUAAAAUUUAUUUAAGUCGUCCAGCUCCAAGAGAAGAAGGUGAAACAAAAGAAAUAAAAACUAAACCAAUUGAAACUAAAUCAACUGAAACUUCAUCAAAACCAGUUAAAAAAUCUUUUAAACCUCAACAAUCAAAGGAAAAAAUUCCAUUUGAAAAAGGUACAAAAUCAACAGAUACAGUUUAUUUAAAAAAUUUAGAUUUCCAAACUAAUGCUAAAGAAUUAAGAACUUUUUUCACUGAAGAAGGUGAAGAAGUUAAAUGGGUUUCAGUUCCAUUCAAGAGAUUACCAGGAUUUGUUUUGAAAAAAUUAUCAUCACAAGGUAAAGAAAUUGAAAAAAGAAAUAAAGGUUAUGCAUUUAUUAGAUUUAAAAUUAAUGAAGAUGAAUCAAUUGAAGAUAAAGUUUCUAAAUAUCAAGGUAAAUUAUUUAAAGAACGUGAAUUACAAUUAAGUGUUGCUGUUGAUGUUAGAAAUGUUGAAGGUGAAGGUGAUGAAGAAGAUGAAGAAUAA